UUUGUUUAAGACAUUCUUUCAAAAGUGAUUUAUCCGAUUUAGACCCGCCAGUCUUUUUUUACAACAAACCAACCAUAACAAAUAAACCAAUCCCCACAGUUCAAGUUAGACAGUUUGUAACUAAUUGAUUCAUACACUACCGUAUCCUUAACCACUUUACUACCUCUUCUUCUUAAUCAGACGGUUUUUCCUCUAUUUUACCUUCCCAUCCCUGAGGUAAGGCGAGAAAAAUAUGUCAUCAAGACAACGCUCAUCAUCAGUCACUUCCAUAAGUUCAAAUCAUUCAAUGUAUAGUUCAACGACCCCAUCCGUCCUCCCACCGCAACCACCACCUCCACCACCUAUAUUACCACUGCAACCACUUUCGCAUGGAGGUGGCUCGGCGAUAUCUACACCCACAACAAUGCAUAGUCCAAUUUUUCCUCCGCAUCCUAUUCAGGGACAUAAUAUUGCCCCAACCCCCAACACAGCCAGAAGUAUGUCGAUUGUUAGUUUGGAAAGUCCUAGGAACUCAAUCAUUUCCUUUGAUGAAGUUAUUCGACCCCAUACCAGAAAUAACAGUUCUACAAGUUUGGUGUCGUUGACUAGCAAUGCGGCUGGUGCAGCAACUGCAGAUACGACCACCGUGGCGGGAACAGGUACUGGAAUGACCACACCCAUAACUAACGAAUAUGUCAUGUCAAAACGGUUAAAAUCAGGUAUAGUAUUACUUUCCGAUGAAGAAUCAGAACUGGAAAUAACGCACACUCCCACAAGGUCAAUAAUCCGACCAAUAUUCAAAUUAAGAAGGAAAAGUCGAGAAACAUCAGAUCAGCAUAGUCAGUUUUUGCAAUUGAAACGAGAUUUUAAGCUUAAAUUCGAUGAAUUAAUAUCAACAACAACACAAGCGUCGUCCUCACCAACAAGCUUAUUACCUACAUCUCCUUCAACUACCGUUCCUCACCUAAUCGCAAGCCCUAAUAUAGAUGCCAAUCCUAUUCAGCUAGAUUCUUCAUUGGAACUCCCACCGCCAAGUCACAAAAAGAAAAGUAAACCAAACACGCUUAUUCAGCAAUCAAUGCUAAUUAAACGAAAAUUGGCAAUCUCCAAAGACUUACAAUUGGAAUUACUAAAUAGUAUUUCCCCAAUGACAACACUCCCACAAGCACUGCCAACACCACCACCUAAUGAUUUAUUAGACUCAAAGAUUUUCAAUGCACAUAAGAUUCAACAACCUAUAAUGCAGGCAUUAUCGGAACAAAAUGAAUUAAUCAAGAAAUUAAAUAGACGUUGGAACAAGGCCAUAAUUAACCCUAAAGACACUAAUACAAACGACAGUAAUAAUAAAAAAGACGUUGUUGUUAAUUCACGAAAAAGAUCAAGGAGGAUCCUGUUUGAAGAUGAAAGUAGUGGUACAACUACAGGUGGAUAUGAAAGCUAUGACGAUUAUUAUGAUAUAUAUGACGAAUAACCUUUGUAUAGCAACUAUAAUAUAACAUCAUCUUCCGUUUGCGAUAAUUCAGCAAAGAAGGGUAAUUUCAAAAUCUGUUUACUAUCUAAUCUCUUGGUAGGAUCCAUUUUGAAACAUCCAUAAAGUAACUCCAUUAAAUGUUUGUGAUCUUUGUAAUCUUCAUUGCUUCUUCUAACUCGCUCAUAUUCUAAAUCCCGUUCUUCUUGACUUAACAGCUCUAAAUUGGUAUAUUGUGGCUUGAUGAAUCUAUCCCCUUCUUCGUUAAACAAACCAAGGGUGUCGUAAAUAACACUAUCAUGAGGGAAACAACCAUUGUCAUCUUCAUGUUUCAAGAAAUCGUGAACUAGCUUAAUCAAGUUCCCAUGGGCUUGAUUUACAUUAGGCAAGGUAAUUUCUAAUCCACAUCCAUGUAAUUCAGCACACUUUUGUAAUUUCUCCAACCCAAACAACAAAACAAGUUCAACUAAUGCGUCGGUAUCAUCUGGCGAGUUAAAUAAGGGGAAUUUUCUCGUCAAUAAUGACAAUCCAAUUAUACCAGCUGACCAAAUAUCAAUCUUGGUGGUUUGGUUAGUGCAUUUUAAUAAAACUUC